AUGAGAGCUGUACGGCCGCUCCGAGCUGCCUCCCGGCCUCCCUCCGGUAUGUCUAGUAUUUGUUCCAUCGGUGGUACGUAUCUGGAUAAGUCCGAAUACUGGUUGAGUAGGGUAUCUGAGGAAGACGGUUACGAAAGGGAAAGCACUGAGCAACUGGCCCUGCCUUCCCUUUUUGCCAAGGUCCUACCUGACCGGCUUGAGCAUCGUGAACGGACACGGACACCAACAAAAUCGAGCACAGACCAGCCGAUGGCAAUGGCACGCAAAAGAGGUGGAGGUAUCCUGUACGUGGACGGAUACAUCCCAAGAGACUUGUCCAACCUGACCAUUCGAGGUGGAUUUCCCUCUAUCAAGGCCAAGGGCAGGAACGGCCUGGCAGGCUGGUACCUGUCGUCAACCCAAUCUCCCACCAAUUUCCCAUGUACCGGAGUCAACUUCUUCGGCUCCAAUUCGCAGUACAUACCAUCCAACACCUUCCCUCUCUCCCAACUGUUCGUUGCUCGUAUCCUCUUUUUUACCACCUAUAUGACCUUGCUCGAGAACCCACGCCGUAUUCGUCUCUUUUCGUCUCGUCUCGUCCCAAUCUCGAAGGAAAACGAACUCCUCUUCAUUGCACCUCAAGAUAGGAGAUCUGAACUAGUACGGAACUCCGGCGUCCGCCCUCUGCAUCCAUUCUCGUCUGAACUCCAGCCACCCGUGGCCCGUCGUCUGUCUGCCAGGCAUCUGUACAGAUAUUCUGCCUGUCGGCCCCGCCAUUCACUCUCAGUCUCUGUGUUCUACGAGCGAACGACCACGGGAGAGAGACACAGACGCUAUACCGCGGGCAAGGGUCAUGGCAGAGACCAGCGGAUAGUCCACCCAACGAUAGGCAUUGCGGCAAUCCCAAGCCAAGCCAAGCCCAAACAGCAGUCCGCUGACGGCCUAGCCUGCGUCCGCCGCAUAUCUCGCUUUGUCCCCGUGAAGGAGGAAGUUCAUAUCCUAGCCACAACAGGCCUUGCUCUUCACUUUCCAUCGGCCGACGACCCCUUUCAAGGGAGCCUGGAAACCUCCAAACAAGGGGCAACGACCAAGUCUGAGAUAUUCGGCAUUGUCUACGCAAGCGCAUCAGGCGAAGACACUCGACACACCCUGAAUCGUGUUGAAUUCCACAUUCCACAUUUCAAAACACAUAUCGAUACUUGGUACUAUUCCCACGACGGCAUCUAUUCAACACAAGGCUGUACCUUACUCAUGGCAGCCGCUUUAUUCUUGGCGGUUGGCAUACAUGGUGGUACGCUCGACGACAUGUUCGCGCGUCCCACAUGGCAUGAAUGUCAUAAACUGUGGCCCAAGCACCAUGCCGCUAGCCCGUUCAGAACAUCCAAUGGCACGCCGUUAGUCGCCUGUUCAACGGAGAAGAAGAAAAAAGGCUUGAGAAGGUUGAAAAAUGGAGGAUCACCAACACGAACCCACGCGUAUGUACCCGUUGCAGGUGCUGGAGGCGCCGCCGUCCAAUUGCCAUUCUUCCUGCAGCAGAACCUUGCCCGUACCGGCUUGGACCUGCAGCGGCGCUACAGUCCGGCUCGUUUUAUCCCCCACCGCCGCGAUGCCGCCCGAGAUGCGGUGAAAGACCGCCCCGCUCCGUUCCAUGUGGGAAGUCAACCAACAAAUGCCUCCUCACGCGGCAACCGGCUGGGAUACCGCUUCUGCUUGCCAUUCGAUACGGACUGCCUCCUCUCAACGCUGCCUGUCGUGCUAUCGUGCCCAUCAUCCGAUGUCUACACUACUCCCGUCACCAUUCAACAUGUGUGGUGGCUCACCAGCCAGCCGACCAUCCGCGCUCUCUCCGCCUUACGGUUUCACCUUUCUCCCGUACAUCCCCGUCAGCUGGCCCUCCGACCCGUCAGACAUAUUCUCCAACGUUCGAAUGAAACGCUGACCCAUCCAGCACUCCUCUAG